ACUCUUUGUUAUUCAGGAUUUUCAACUGUGGCUCGUAAUUGUGGUAGCUCCUUUCCCCUUCCUCUUCUUCUUAUUUGAGAAGCAAAUCUUGAGGUUACACUUCCACGGAGUUGUCACCUCCGCAAACCCGAUUCACGGCUUUGCUAUAUAAGCAAGCAAGCAUCGCUAUCCAAUUGAUAAAAUAACUCAGACGCCGUUGUAAUAGUAAACAUACCUGACUGACCAGCAUCGUCUCACGGACCUCGAGACAAAAUGGUUCGCGAGUACAACACCGACACCACAGCCGAUGAUCUGCUUAAGGAUCUUUCAGGUGAGAUCAAGGGCAAGGUUAUUCUCAUCACCGGUGUCUCUCAAGGCACUCUCGGCGGUGUCUUCGUCGAGUACGUCGCAAAAGCUGCUCCCGCCGGACUCAUCCUUGCCGGUCGCAGCUUGGCCAAGGUCCAAAUCACUGCCGAUGCCCUCAAGGCGGCUCAUCCCGCCAUCGACAUCCGCACGCUUCAGAUUGAUCUCGCGUCGCUUGCCGCGGUGAGUGAGGCCGCUGCUGCUGUCAACUCUUGGAAAGAUGUCCCUCAGAUUGAUGUCCUCGUGAACAAUGCCGGCAUCAUGGCUGUCCCUUACGCAACGACCGUCGAUGGCUUUGAGCUGCAGCUUGGAAACAACCACUUGGGCCCAUUCCUCUUUACAAAUCUCAUCAUGGCCAAGAUCCUCGCCUCUAAAACUCCUCGUGUCGUCAACAUUGCCAGCACCGGUCACAGACUUCACCCGAUCCGAUGGUUUGACUACAACUUCCGAGACGGCGAGACGUACAACUGCUGGCAUGCGUACGGACAAUCCAAGACUGCCAACAUGCUGAUGGCUAUUUCUCUGGCCGAGAAGUUGGGAUCCCGUGGUCUGACUGCAUUCAGUCUUCAUCCUGGUACUGUCAAAACUCAGCUCAGUGCCCACAUUGACUUUUCCGUCGAAUGGCCAGAAAUGGUUGCCGCCGAUCGAAUGCUUGGAAACUCUGAAGGAUGGAGGGACGACUUCAGGUUUAAGACGCUUGAGAGAGGCGUUGUUACUCACAUCUACGCGGCAUUCGAGCCCAGCCUAAAAGAGCACAACGGUGUAUACUUGGAGGACGCUCACAUCGCUGACCCCUAUGUACAGACUGUUAAGCCUUGGGGUACAAGCAAGGUGGAGGCUGAUCGUCUGUGGAAGUUGAGCGAGAAGCUUGUUGGACAGGAGUUUUCUUACUAGACGAUGUGACGAAAAUUGUAUGGGUGAAGUAUGCUGGAAAGAUAGUCUCGAAUUUGAAGUGCAUAAGACCUGUCUAUAGACAAGCUAGACACAU